UGCAGCCACCAACCUCAUGCCCGGAUAACUACCGUGUUCGAAAUGCCAUCGGCUAUCAUAACCCGCAAAAAGUUGCAUUGCUGUCUACAGGAUGUACAGACCUUCAGCAAACCGAAGCUUCCUCUUGAGCAGUAUCCAACAUCAGCUCAAGUAGCCAGUAGGUUCAGUUGAAAAGCUUCAACGUCACUUUAACAGCUGACGUUUUAUUCAACAUGCAGAUUCAAGACGGUUGUCUAGAAGGUAUGGCAGUAGCGGAUUUAGGUUGUGGCCCUGGAAUUUUCACUAUUGGAGCCCGCCUGCUGGGAGCCAGUUAUGUUCUCGGAGUGGAAUUGGAUCAGGACGCAGUAAACGACUUCAGCAGUAAUCUUGAUUUAUAUGAUCUGAAAAAUGAUAGCAUCGAUGUGUUGCAGUGCGACGUCGUUCGACUGGCACGGGAUGGAGACAGGAAGAUAGUGGACACUGUCAUCACGAACCCUCCGUUCGGUACCAAUCAGGCUAACGCGGGCAUUGACACUCGUUUCCUUCGUGUAGCAUUGUCCAUGGCAUCGGCUCAUGUUUAUUCCUUGCAUAAAUCGAGUACCCGAGAACACAUUAUGCGAACCGUCGAAGUGCUAGGAGCAAACUCUAAAGUGGUGGCCGAAUUGCGUUUUGAUAUCCCACGAAUGUACAAACGCCAUCGUCAGGAGACAGUGGAUAUCGCGGUGGACCUGGUGCACUGCUGGUUCUGA